AUGAUGGCUUACUUUGAAAAAAAACCUGGAGAACAAGAGCCACCUUCUACAAAGAACGAAGACACUGUGAGCAAGACCUCUGUUAAAGAGGAUGUGGAGUCAGGUCACUUUGAGGCAGAUACAGAGAGCGAGGAUCUCCAGAACAUUGGGACCCCUAGCGUGAUCAACGUGAGCCCCUUCAGCAGUUCAGCGGACGGAUGGAGGCUUUACUCAGACCUCAACACGAAUGACCCACAUGUUCCCGUUGCAUUACCUGUAGGGGCAUCAAAUCCACUCCCGCUCUACAAAACACACACCAUUAAGACAUCAUUUAAUUCACACAGGAGACCCAUAAUUAAAGUGCGGCCCUUCCUUCAUGGUGAAGACCUGGCUGGCUCUCACUUUGUGCAUUUGCCACACAAGUUGCUGAUGCUGCUAAUAAUCAUCUCUUUGUUAAUAGCGUUGUCUCUGGUUCUAGGAAUUGGUCUGGGAGUGGGUUUAAGUUGCUCUGGAAAAUUCCGAUGUGAGUCUUCAGCUAAUUGUAUCAGGAGAUCUGCCAUCUGUGACGGAGUCAAAGACUGUGGCAAGGGAGAGGAUGAACUCAACUGUGUGCGAGUGAGUGGGAGAAACUCCAUCCUGCAGAUUCACAGUAGGGGCAUAUGGAGCUCUGUGUGCUGGGAGAACUGGAGCGCCAAUCUGGGAUUUUCUGCCUGCAAACAGCUCGGAUACAACAGUUAUGUGAACUCCACUUCCAUCCCUCUUUCUUCCGUCGAGCCAGCCUUUAGGAAAAACAUAGUGACGAUUAGUUCCCGCUUUCCAAUACUCCAUCAAACUUUCAAAAUCCACAACAGCUCCUUCCUCAGUGCGGUUCAGUGCAUGUCUGGGUUGGUCACAGUUCUCAAGUGUAUAGAGUGUGGUAUCAGAUCCAAUUUCAGGACUCGGAUUGUAGGGGGAAAUACAUCUCUCCCUGGGCAGUACCCAUGGCAGGUCAGCUUGCAGUACCAGAACCAGUAUCUCUGUGGUGGAUCGCUAAUCACCAACCAGUGGAUAGUCACUGCUGCACACUGUGUAUAUGGCUUUGCUAAUCCUGCUUUAUGGACAGUUCAGUUGGACCUUACACACCAGCCUGUGAGUGGAGCAGCAGAUCUCUCUGUGAUGAAGAUCUUUUUCCAUAGUGCAUAUCAGCCUGAAGGCCUGAGCUACGAUAUCGCUCUCAUUAAACUAACACAGCCACUCACAUUCAAUGGUCAAAUACAGCCCAUCUGUCUGCCUAACACUGAUGAAGAGUUCAGUUCAGGAUCCAUGUGCUGGAUAUCAGGAUGGGGUGCCACAAAAGUAGGCGGAGAGGUGAGUGCGUCUCUACACUCCGCUCUGGUUCCUCUCCUCUCUAUUCGAGAGUGUGGAAUCCCGGGCCUUUCACCAUGGAAUAUCUGCGCUGGGUAUCUGACAGGUGGAGCUGGCACAUGCCAGGGGGACAGCGGUGGUCCACUGGCUUGUCAAGCCUCUGUGUGGAAGCUGGCAGGAGCAGCAAGCUGGGUUCAAGGCUGCGGGAAACCGAACAGCCCAGGAGUUUACACAAGUAUAACUUACGCUAUUCCAUGGAUACAUCAGACCAUGGAGGUAAGACAGGAGUAUGACAGGAGUAUGUGGACUAUGACAACACAGUAUUACAAUACAGUAUGA